CAAAAACUCACUGCAGGUAAACUUGAACGAUAUUCGUGUAUUAAUAUUUAUGCAUUAAGCGUAUCUUCAGGAUAUGAUGUAUUUUGGAUAUUUUCUGCUGUGUGAGAUAUAUUAACUUUGAUAUCAAAUAUUAGGGCUGGAAAUUAUAUUCGAAGCUUUGGCUCCUCGAAGCUCCGAAUUUCUGAAUCUCCGACGCAUUAUAAUGAAUAAUGAAAUUUUGCCGUGUGAAAAAUAGAACUUUCGGACGUUCGAAUAUUUUAACGCCUGUGCAUUCGAAACUUCAAGAAUUGAAAAAUACGUGUGUCCGUUUUGCAGGUAUAAAUAGUAUUUACCGCCCCGAAGAAUGUAAUUUUUUCUCGCAUCGCGUCAUACUGUUGCAAAGCACGGCGACAUUUGCAUUUAUUUUAAAACGAAAUUAACGAGAUUCGUUGUUUGUUAUUUACGCUUCCCUCAUUUGAGUUCCCGAACAAACUUGGAAGUUUCGAACAAUCCGUCCUCGAAUCUUCGGGCAUCGUCGUCAAAAGUCGAAUUAUACCGAAGUUUCGAAUAGCACCGUAUGGAAUAUCUUCAUAAUUAACCGCCGAAACCGGGCGCCCGACUAUUUUACACAGUUUAACCUAACUCAGACCGAUACUCGAUCCUUCAUCUUUGCGAUACAAUUGACAAAGUUCGCGUCGUCCGCGCGAAAGAAGUCCGUGGAAGAAUCACGCAGACGUGAUCUACGCAUCCACGGCGCAAUCCCGACGGCAACGCGAGUGGAGUCGGGCCGGCAUCUUUUUCGGCGUCUACUGCGCCGCCGAAAAUCCUACCAGUCUCUCGUGGCGCGGCGGUCGAAUGGAAACACUCCUCCCCGGUCGGUGAAGCGCCGCCGCGGCAGAGAGAGAGAAAAAGGCAGAGGGUCGCCGCGGCGUUCGUCGGUGCGGUGUGUGUGAUGCGAGAGAAGCGCGCAGCUCGCUGGCAGCACCGCUGACCGAGGGAAUCGCUAGUGCGCGCGCGUUCAGCAACGAGCCGGCGUAUACGACGUGACCGCCCGCGGUGGAAUCGCGCUUGGUUUCUGUCACGAGUCCUCCGCCGAAGCUAUGACAGGCCCGUCUCGGGCGUCGUAGAUCGCGGCCAGCGUCGUAGCGUGCGCGUUCGGCCCAGUCUCUCUCGCGAGCGGCGGCGGCGGGUCUGCAGCGACAUGGCGGGCUUUCGGGACGAGGACAGGGCCCUGUUCCCGAUCCAGAGCAUCUCCGCGAUCGUGCAGAUCUUCAAGAAUCAGCUGGAGAACAGCCCCGAGCCGGAUCUCGCGCUCCUCUCGAUCCUCGUCGGCGCCGUGGAGAAUUCCCUAACCUGCAAUCGCGCCUUCGUCUCCCAGGAGAACGUCGUCUACGACGAGCCGAAGUUACCGGCGGUUGAGUACCACAUCGCCGAGGCCCUCUACACCAAGUUCCACGCGGUCAUCAAGGGCGCCGUCGACCUCACCGUUUACGACACCAAGUACGCCACCAGGGAGCUUGUGAAGAAGGUCUCGGACGUGAUUUGGAACUCGCUCACCAGGAGCUAUUACAAGGAUCGGGCUCACCUGCAGAGCCUCUACAGUUACCUGACCGCUAACAAGCUGGACUGCUUCGGUGUCGCCUUCGCCGUCGUGGCUGGCUGCCAAGUUCUGGGCUUCAAGGAUGUGCACCUCGCCAUGUCGGAGGAUCACGCGUGGGUUGUCUACGGAGAGGACGGCACCGAGACGGCGGAGGUCACAUGGCACGCAGGGAAAGGUAACGAAGACAAACGCGGGCAGCCGGUGGAGCCCGGGGUGGCAUCUCGAUCGUGGUUGUACGUGAACGGCCAUGCGGUCGUGUGCUCUCGUGCUAUGGAGGUGGCUACCAUAGUGUCGGCCAUAAACCCUAGUCUGAGUGCAACAGCCGACGCGGCGGAGGUCGCGUUGCUCCAGCAGGAGUUGCUGUGGCUGUUGUAUGAUUUGGGCCAUCUCGCCAAGUACCCGAUGGCGCUUGGUAACCUGGGUGACUUGGAAGAGGCUGCGCCCACACCCGGAAGACCGCCCGCCAUAGACCUCUUCCAGGAAGCCAUAAGAUCGGCCAGGAAGUAUUACGGGAACGCGCACGUCUAUCCUUACACUUACCAAGGCGGAUAUCUGUAUCGACACGGGCUGCACGCAAACGCAUUGUCGUCGUGGGCGGACGCCGCUGAUGUUUUACGAAAAUACGACUACUCACGGGACGACGGCGAGAUAUACAAGGAAUUGAUCGAGAUCGCCAACGAGCUGAUACCGCACACGGUGCGCGCCGACGAGCGACUGCUGCGGCAGCCGCGUUGCUUCGCACACCUGUUGAGAUUCUACGACGCUAUCUGCCAGUGGGAGGAGGGCGCGAACACCCCGGUGCUGCACAUAGGCUGGGCCCGGCCGCUGGUGAACACGAUCUCGAAAUUCGACGCCGGUAUACGCGCCCAGGUGGUAAUCGAGUGUUACAGCACGGAGGCGAGGCCGGAGGAGCAGGCGGCGCAGAAGAGGGAGACCAGUCCCGAGGAGACGCUCAACAACAACAACAACAAUUACUGCAAGACCAAGGAGAGGGGUAACGCGGCGCGAGACCUCAUCAAGAGCCUCGAGUCGAAAGUGCCCUCGAACCCGGCACCGACGCAUCCCAGUAUUCAGGCGCUGACCGCGGCCUGCAGCGAGAAGAUACUUAACAGAGACUACUUACUGCAGGGCGACGGCGAGCCGUUCGUGGCGCCGCCGGACGACGCUCUGCCGCCCGCGCCCUCCACCUCCCAGGAGAACGUCGUUCCCGAGGUGGAGACCGACUCCGAGAACGACAGGCCGAGGGUGAUCCUGUACAGUCAGAAGAUGAAGGGUCUGAAGGAUCUGCUGCUGGCGGAGAAGCUCAACACCAGCGCGGUGGUGUUGCAGCUGACGGCGCAGAGCCAGGUGCAGAUCGGUAAGAAGUCGCGCGGCGGCGACGACGCGGUGGGCGUCAGCCAGCGUCCCAAAAGGACACGUCGGGAAUAGUAUAAGAUCCUCGACCGGCGUUUCGGCAUAGUAAAAUAUUGAAAUGGUGCCAGAGCGGGUCUAGUUCGGCCCUACGCAAACUCGGCGAGUCCAAGCGGAAUUACUUGAUCGGGCCCGCCUCAUUGGCUCGCGCUCACGUUAAAGGUAUACUACUACUACCGACCUCCUCGCCCUCGGCUGCCCGCCGAGGCGCGCAUUGCUAUUCUUCUCUCGGUUGGACUCGUCGGAAUCUCUCCACCCGAGAGCGUGUCGUCAUGAAUAUCGUGCCGUUUGAUUUGAAACACACCCUCCGCGGUGCCGCCUCGCUCUGCUGCGCGGCCACCGCGGCUCCUUGCGAGACACGUUUACGUUACCGGGGAUAUAUCGCCGUUAGAUAUGUAGAUAAAGUAGAUAUGAAGAAAAAUUUGUAGAAAAGUACAAAAAAGUUUUCCCCACUUUAAGUUAUAAUGGGCGGGGUCGCGCGAGUCGCUCACGGUGGACAUCACACCUUCGCCGUCUGCCGUCUCGUCCCGUUCGGCACGCUCACCCUCGUCGAUACAGUCCCGCUCUACGGUCUAACGUUCUUCGAACACACACACCCCGACACUCGAAAUUUCAGCACCGCGAGAUCGCCGAAGCCCGAUUCCGCUUGUUUCUCAGCGCGCCGGUUGAACUUCACGACGUUCGUUUCGGUGAAUAUUUCUUCGGCACACCGGUGUGUUCGGCGUCGGGGUGAGCCUUCGUGGUAGGUAGUCGUGAGCGAGAACGACGGAACGAUGCUCGGGGCAGAAACGCGAACGAGGAAAAGCGUCUCGAACGGGGGGAGAACGGGGGGAGGGGGGGGGCGAGCAAGUGACUUGCUAC